UCACACUGACGUGUGGUGCUUUAUUGUCCCCCUCGCCUCUGUGUCCCUGUCUUUCCUCCUGUCUCCCACCUACAGGGAUACAACACCCAUAGUUCAGUUACUCAGCCACACUCAAGACUCAGCUAAGAAAGAGCUCUCCUGUCUUCCACAGCCUGAGACCAGGACCAAAGGGAGAGAAGACUAGGAGUGCCAUGGGAGAAAAUAGAAGGAAGAUACCAAAAGAGAGCGGGAGGACAUCAAGGGAAUGACAGAUGCUUACUGAACAAAACUGCUGGUAACCCCUGCUGCUACGCUGCUCUAGUUGGCUGACUGGAUACGUACAGGCUGACACAUCUAGCAACACCUCCAGGUGUGCUUAUGAGCUGCAAACCAAAGACAACAGAAACAACAAAAAAAGGAACUGUGAAAUGAAGGCAUUGUCUGCAUCUUGAUAAGAGGAUUUCUAACCAACAAGGAGACUACUCAAUAAUUGACUUUGUAAAAGAUGUUCCCCUGGUCAGCAGUGUUUUCUCUGGAGCCGAAAGUGCCUGGACAGCGUACGGCAGAAGAACUAGUCACCAACACCCUGAUGCUGGAGCUGGGUGCCAUGGUGAAGCGCACCGAACGUAUCCGCCUGGAAAGGGUGACAAAAGAGGGCCGGCGCCGGCGCAGCUCUUCCUCCGCUGACUACAGCUGGCUGGCCACUGCCCCCACCCACCAACCCUAUGAGCUGACCCCCCGAGACCUGAUAGAACUGCAGGACCUGUGUGCCAGGGUGCCACCGUCUCAGUGUGGCCCUGUCAUUGUUAGGUUCAGGAAUCUGGUGACGGAGAUUGAGCCGGAGGUUCAUGAGGUGGCUCGUCUGUUCCGCACGGUUCUACGUGACUGUGUUGAGGGAGAAGAGGAGAACGAGGAGAUGAGGAUGAGGUCAGCCGGCUGGGACAAACAACGCAGCAAGAGCCUCUCCUUUGUAACCUUCCGCUCCAAGUUCCGCCCCGCUCCCUUCAGGGGUGGGGGCCUGGGCGGGUCACGAGGCAACCUGCAGGAGGAGUCGAGCUGGUACGAGGAAGACGAGGUGGAGCAGCAGGAGGGAGCAGCAAACGUGGCGAGAGCGGCCAGGAAGGGGAGGAGCAUGAGCAUGCCUGAUAUCACCCCCAUCGAACAGAGUGCACUUGGCUGAGGGAGGGAUGGAGAAAGAGAAUAGGAGAUGAGAGAUUGAUAGGGGAGAAGGUCAAGAUGAGAUGCAACAUGAGGACAGCUCACACCUCAGCAGAUUUCCACUGACUGUUUAGACAUAAUGCAGUUACAUAUGCAAGAGUAGAAUUGCAAGCUUAGCCAGCAGUUUUUUUUUAUUGCGAAUUACAUUUUCCGAAUGCGUUAACACUUGAAAUGCAUGUAAAAUGAACUAGAAAAUACAGGUCUUAUUUUCCAACAGAUCCUUGAUAAUAAAUUAGUUUGUGUGGA